AUGUUUCGUGAGCAGCUUUCGGCACCGCUUGUCAUGAUAGUCAGCGAUUGGAUUGGAGUUGUCGAUGAAGUGCUCGAUCGCUUGAAGAAUUCCCUAACUAACAAGUGGACGUCGUGUGAGCAAGCCCCUUUCGGAGAAGAGCUCGAGAAGACCAUGGAGAGGGAACUCCAAAGUGCUUUUCAGCGACUCAGUCACGCGUUGGCGACGGAUCAACUGUAUGCAAUGAGGAAGGUGGCAGGAGACGGAUCAAGCAUCGAUAUGGACUGCUUGAAUGUCAACAUUGUACGCGAGCAAGGAUUGCUGUUUGUCACGCCAGAGUAA